AUGAUGAAUUUACGACUGAGCGCGGCAUUCGCUGCGAUUGCAUUGAUGCUUCUAGUCUUUCUACAAUUACUGGGAAUGGUACAAAAUACUGAGCAAGUCCCCGCAUCUAGCUUUAGUCGAAACUUCAACCAGUGGCGAAGCAGAGCCAGUGCUGCGACAGCAGCUAACAAUCGGUUUCUGGUGGGUGCCGGGAAGGCUGAUGUGACAGGUCCAGUAGUUGAGGUUGAUUUCAACGGCUAUGCUAGCCUAGAUCAACUUGGGACGGGUCUGCGACAGAGAAUUUAUUCACGUGCAUUCAUAUUUGCAGACCCAAACACUCCUGAUGAUACGUUCAUCUAUCUGGUUCUAGAUACCCUUGCAGGUGACACUGCCGUGCGACAUGGGGUCUUGCAGGGCCUCGCAGCGCUUGGGGGCGACUAUGCACGCUAUGGCGAACAUAACAUUGCACUGACGGGAACCCAUUCCCAUUCUGAACCUGGCGCGUGGAUGAACUAUCUACUUCCUCAAAUCCCGACCAAGGGAUUCGAUAAGCAAAGCUAUCAGGCGAUCGUUGACGGCACGAUCUUGUCUAUUCAACGUGCGCAUGAAAGUCUUACCGCAGGGCGCCUAUCUUUUGGGUCCAUUGACCUUGAAGAUGCCAAUAUCAACCGUAGUCCAUACUCUUACGAUCAAAACCCCGAGGAAGAGAAGUCCCGAUACUCGGCCAAUGUGGAGAAGACGAUGACCCUGCUCCGCUUUGAUAGGGAGUCUGAUAAUAAGACUGCGGCUGUUUUAACCUGGUUCCCGGUUCAUGGAACAUCCAUGUACAACAAUAACACCUUGGUCACUGGGGACAACAAAGGUGUGGCGGCCUAUCUCUUCGAGCGCAGCAUCAGUGGAGACUCCCGGUUCGCGGACGAUGUGGUUAUUGGAUUUUCUCAGUCCAAUGUCGGAGAUACCAGUCCCAAUAUCCUGGGUGCCUGGUGUGAGGAUGGCUCGGGAGAGAUGUGCACAUAUGCGGACAGCACCUGCGGUGGCACAAAUGAGGCCUGCCAUGGUAGGGGGCCUUUCUUUCGAGUCAAGGACAAUGGCGCCAAGAGUUGUUUCGAAAUUGGCCGGCGUCAGUACUCGGCGGCUAAAUCGCUUUACGAGCAGAUGAAUUCCAACGCGACCACAAUUAGCGGCAGCUCAGGUGUCAGAUCUUUCCACGUAUAUCAGGAUCUGAAUGGUUACACAUUCCCGUCUCCAUUUAAUGGCAGCACGUUGAGGUCAUGUCCCGCGGCAUUGGGGUAUUCCUUCGCCGCUGGAACCACCGACGGCCCCGGAGCCUUCGAUUUCACUCAAAAUUCGAGCAGCCCAGCCACUGGUAAUCCAUUAUGGCUCGUUGCUCGGGCAUUCAUUCAUCAGCCAAGUGCAGAACAGCAACAAUGUCAGGGGGCCAAGGAUAUUCUCUUGGAUGUUGGAACCCUCACACUACCUUACGCUUGGGCCCCAGACAUUGUGGACAUUCAGGUUCUCCGGGUGGGGCAACUGUUUCUCAUCGUUUCGGCUAGUGAAGCUACGACCAUGUCGGGCCGUCGCUGGAAGGAAGCUAUUUCCAAGGGCGUCCAGGACACGCUGGGCAUCUCUGACCCUCUUGUCGUUCUAGGUGCCCCGUCGAACAGUUACGCUCACUACGUUGCGACAGAAGAAGAAUACAGCGUACAACGAUACGAAGGAGCAUCGACCUUGUAUGGGCCGAAUGAGCUUGCGGCGUACAUCAAUCUCACUCUGACAUAUCUGCCGUACCUCGGUAGCGCCCAAGAUAUUGCCAAUCUCCCAGCCAUCACCGCAGGCCCAAGUCCACCCGUCAAUACCAAUAACUCGCUUAGCUUCAUUACCGGUGUGGUCUAUGAUAACGCUCCUCUUGGCAAGUCUUUCGGGGAUGUGAUUUCGAACCCCAGCAAAAAAAGUUACAGCCCCGGCGAUACAGUUAACACUACCUUUGUGGGUGCCAACCCUCGGAAUGACCUUCACCAGGAAUCUACAUAUGCAGCAGUUGAAUUUUACAACUCCACUGGCGAUUGGGAAGUUGUGCGGAACGACCGUGACUGGAACCUUGUAUUCCUGUGGGAGCGAACCAAUAGUAUUCUCGGAUACAGCGAUGUCACCAUUCAGUGGACGAUCGAAGACACGUAUUACAGCGUGGACAAUCCAAACACUUUGCAGGAUGGGACCUACCGCAUGCGCUACUACGGGGACUCAAGGGAUGCCCUUGGAAACAUUUCGCCCUUUGAGGGCAUCGGGGGGUCCUUUAUGGUGGCUUCUUAG